CUGCCUUGACUCUUCUUUCUGGUUUGACCUGAGGAAACAACCUCCUGUUGGGUAAAAUAUACCUUGAUACUGCACUGUUCUUAUGUGAAUGAGCCACACCCUUUUUUCCUUAAAGGGCCUCUGCACUCAGGCUGCCAUGUGCUGCUCUGUCUCUGGCAGGCUGAGGGGGGUGGUGGGCAUAGUGUUGUAAUCCACCAAUUUCCAAAGUGCAGACUGGGAUGCCUGGGGGGAAAACGGGGGGCAGUGGCGCUGCUGCCACCAAGCGCUCUGAGGCCAGCGAAGAGGCAACUCAGAGAGAGGAGGAGCCCGAAGAUGAUGGUGAUGAAGAUCUGCGAGAUGGUGGAGUUCCUUUCUUUGUGAACCGAGGAGGGCUACCCAUUGAUGAGCCCACCUGGGAUAGAAUGUGGAGACACGUGGCCAAGAUCCACCCUGAGGGAGAAAUGGUGGCUCAAAGAAUUCGACGAGCCACAGACCUACCCAAGAUUCCCAUACCGAGUGUGCCUGCGCUCCAGCCGUCCACCCCCAUCCCUGAGCGCCUGGAAGCCAUACAACGCUACAUCAAGGAGCUUCAGUACAAUCAUACUGGGACGCAGUUCUUUGAAAUUAAGAAGAGCAGACCUCUGACCGGGCUAAUGGACCUGGCCAAAGAAAUGACCAAAGAGGCCCUGCCAAUCAAAUGCCUGGAAGCUGUGAUCCUGGGAAUUUACCUCACCAACAACAUGCCCACACUGGAGCGUUUCCCCAUCAGCUUCAAAACUCACUUCUCAGGGAACUACUUCCGCCACAUUGUGCUGGGAGUGAACUUUGGGGGCCGCUAUGGGGCACUGGGCAUCAGCCGUCGAGAGGAGCUCAUGUACAAGGCGCCCACCUUCCGCACACUGAGCGAGCUGAUCUUCAACUACGAGGAGGCAUACCACCGCUGUUGGCACAUCCUCAAAAAGGUGAAGCUGGGCCAUUGUGUGUCCCAUGACCCACACAGUGUGGAGCAGAUUGAGUGGAAGCACUCCAUUUUGGACGUGGAAAAGCUGGGCCGUGAGGACUUCCGCAAGGAGCUUGAGAGACAUGCCCGGGACAUGAGGCUAAAGAUCGGCAAAGGAACAGGGCCACCAUCUCCCACGAAGGAUAGGAAGAAAGAUGUGUCCUCCCCACAGCGGGUCCAGUCCAGUCCGCACCGCCGCAACAGCCGUGGGGAGAGGCGGCUGUCUGGUGAGAAGAAGCCUGCCGAAUCCAAAGCCAUGCCAGACCUCAAUGGUUAUCAAAUCCGGGUGUGAGGAGAGGCACACCUUGUGUGCCUGGCUCCAUUGGCUCCUUGCUGGCCACACUUGAAACGAGGAUCCACCUGUAGCAAGCUCAACAUGGGGAAGGGGAAGUGGGAAUGGAGGACUGGUCUUCCAAGGUACUUCUAUCAGGCCUAUUCCUGAGCUGUAUCCUGGGGGUCAGACGAGUCACCUGCCUGUCUUGGGAAGAGCACUUUUUAAUUCAACAAAACAAGUUUUUAAGAGAACAGAUCUGCCAGUUGAUGGGAAGGUGCUGCAGGGUGCUUGGGAAGGCUCCUGCUGUGACAUGGUGAGGGGUGGAGCGAGUGAGGCCAAGCAGAGCUCAGGCUUUGCAUGGAAUCCUUUGGACUGACAGACGACAGGUGGGGCAUUUUAUCCACAGAGCCUCUUCCUCUUCUAUGCUGAGGCUUGAAGGAGGGAAAGGUAUUGGAAUGGAAAGGCCCCUGUCUCUGGUAAAGGAAGGAUUUCUGGUUUUGUAACUUCUGUGUAUUUUGCUACUGCCACUCUUGUUGGGGAGGGAGUGAAAUGCACGAUCACCUUCCCCAUCCCCUGUGCCUGCAGGGAAGAGGAAUAAUCCCUGGAAUAAUUAAUACUUGCAUCACUAAUGAAAAUGCAACCUGUCAGUGGUGUUGAGGGCCUCAUAUGCAGUGAAUCCACCACUCUAACAUUCUGUCUGGUCUGCAGUGUAUCCCCCUAUGGAUCAUUGACUCCAUGGGGGAUGCGUGUGUCUCUCCUUUCCUGUGAGGUGCUGUGGAUACUUUCCUGAACAGCCUGCCAUGAAGGGAAUGCCCAUACCAUUGUAAUGUGGAAACAGGCUGCUGGACAGCUCUAUCUGUGGGGAUGGGUGCUUAACCAGUAGGAUGGUUGGAAAAUGUGUCUCCCCACUCACUUCUCAGUGACACCUUGCACUUCCCCCUUACAGUCUGGCUUCAUCUCACCCUGUGAGGAAGGGCUACUUUUCCUGGAUGCUCAGAGCCACAGUGGAAUUUUGGGAACCAACCUUAAAACAGAAGGGUACAGGCUCCAGUGCAGUGCUCUGCUCAAGGGGCCAAUGUGCUGGUGAAUCCUUAAGCAAAAUAAGAUGGUGUUUUGUGGUCAUGUUGCCGUGUUCACCCCCAUCCCUUGUCUACAUCCACAGCUGGCCAGUGCCUGCUGGAGUGCCUCUAAAAGUGAGGCAUACUACCUCUAGGAACACAUAGGGCACUGCCACAGCAAAUCCCAUGUGGUACCCCCCGAGGAUGCUUUCAGGAAACAUGCUAUUGGGGGUAGGGUGGGGAAAUGUUUCUCAGAUUGAAAUCAGGUGGGGCACUGUACUGUUGCUGUAAGGUAAUAGCUCCCAACCCUUUCAUGCACUGAUCUACCACUCCAUGCUCCCUCUUUCCCUUCAUCUGUGGAGGUUUUGGUGCAACCCAUGCUCAGGCUCGGCAAGAGGGGCAGAAAUAAAUGAGAUUUGCUGCCACAUCGAGUCCAAGCCAGAGGCUCAUGCCCAAGUUAAACUUAGGGUACCAGCCCAAUCAAGAUUGAAAUGUCUAUGGUGAAUCACUGUUCCAGGGUAUCCCAUUUCUCCUAACUGUUCAGUCUGGCCCAUUUUGAUUGCAGUGGUCGGUCUGUCCUAGGAGCAGGGAGCAUAGCUUUGUGCCUAUCCUGCUCCUGUUUGUUCUGACAGUGUACUUAACAACACUAAUUAUGUUAAUGAUUACCAUUCUCUAGCAAGAGGGGCUGGCCUUUCCACCUGACUAAAGCCUUGGCAGCUCACAAAUUUCCAUUCAAAGGAGAGGCACAGCUAAGCAGUCCACAUGCUGCAUGUCAGAACUGAGGAGCAUUGGCAGAUAUGCAUGUGUGGCCUAAAACUUGGCUGGGGUGCUGUAGCUCAUGGCAGAAUUGAUUCAGAGAGGGAGGUGGGAAGCAAGGGGUGAGUGGGUCAAGCCUGAGGCAUGUUGACAUAGAUAGGGGAUGGCAAAAUGUUUAACAUUCGGUCCUGUUACACUACAAAAAGUGUCUAAACAUUUAUGAAAUCUGGCACUGUAUCCAAAUCAUGUUAAACAUUCUGUAUUCUUUCUUACCUGAGUGCAUGUUGGAAGCAUGAUUCAGACUAUAACUAUGGUGGAUAACUGGGCUUUCUGGCAUAACAUGGGAGGGACACAGAUAUUUUGGUAGUGUCGAAUGGGGCCUUAUAUCAAGUAAUAUCUUCUGUCAAUUGAAGCAGUAUUAACCCUUAAAGCCCUGCUCCAGAGGGCUCUAACUGACCCCUUACAGGUGCCUAAUCAUAAUCUUUCACCACCAAUUAGUUAUUCUGUGCUUAUCACUGCAGUUUGUCAGUCCAGGCUCCUUUUUAACUAUCUGUCCUCUCUGCAGCAUGUUGUGUGACAGGAAGAAAGACUGAAUAGGGAGGUAGCAUAAAUUGCUGCUUACCCAAAAUGACGGGGGUAAUCCUGAAGAAUUUAACAAAAGUAACAGGUGCCAGUCUCCCGAACAUAAAUAAUGAAAAUAGUGAUUGGAGUAGGAGAACUGGAAUUGGAGUCUCCUACCUCACUGCCCUAACCACUGGAUUACUGAGUCAUUCCCUCUCUCACUCUGCCCCAUGACUGUUUUAACUAUUUAGUCACAGUGGAACAGCUUCAAGAGAGGAGAGUGAGGGAGCUACAUCAGAAUAUCCCCUCGUGCAGUGAUUAGAGCAGUUCCUUGAGAAGGGGAGACCCUGUUCAAAUCACCCUCCCCGGGAGGAGGUGGAAUUGAACCUAGGUCUCCCACGUCCCAGGUGAGUGCUCUAAUCACAGGGUAGCUCCAGCUCUUGCCAUUUUGCGUAGCGCACAGGCAGUGCUUAAAUCAUUUCCUCAGGAAAUGCCUUGGGGGCCUAAGCCGUCUGACUCCAGGCGGCCGGUUCCCAUUUGUGGAUCACUAAGCAGAGCUAGGUACUCAUCCUUGAGAGAGAUGAGGCUAAUCACACACCUCUAGCUUAAGUGGCACACACCUCUAGCUUAAGUGGCUCUCAGCCUAGCAUAUUGGCUCUUGUGGAUUUCAUUCUGGGGCCCCUAUUUCUCCCCAUUCAUUGAAUAGGAGCCUUGGUGCCUAACUUGGCUUUGUGUAUCACAGUGGUAUGCCUGUGAUUUUUUUUUUUUUCUAGGUGCCUAAAAGUUAGGCACUGUGACACUCAGAGUAGGAAGUCCCUUCAUGGAUCUCACCCUUGAUUCUCUAUAGAUGGAUAGGAGAAGAAUGAGAGAAUUGUGCAAUUGAGAAGAGUCAGCUGCAUGCUAAUGGUUCUUUUGCAGAAGCAGGGCAAGGGCAAGCUCAGUGACACUAAAAGAUCAUCAGUAUAGACUGGAUGAAACAAAAUGCUUUGUGCCACCCUGUAAUUCAAGCUGUGUGGCUUGUUCAUGCAGAAUGUAACUGAGGCCAGUAGUAUAGAAAAUUAAGUAUACAUUUUAAAAAACGAGUGGCAGGUAGAUAUUUGUGAAGGUCUCUUACUCCUCAUCCUUCAGUGCAUUCAGCAGCUGGUGCCAGACAUGAAUAUCCUCUUUCAUGGUGUAGCUGCAUGAUUAAAUGCAUUAGGAGGGUUUACAUUCGUCUGAAGCAUCUGUUGCUGACCACUUUUCAAGAUUGAUAAAAGAGUAGAUGUUGCAUUGAUUUUAAAUAUGCAGAUCCACAAAAGCUGGAAUCAUACUGCAGAUCAUAGAUGAUCACAGCAGGAGUCAAGCUCCUCCCUUGGAAAAGGGUGAAUGAACUCAUCAGACUGUGGCUGUAUCUUUCAUAAGCCCGUUCAGGGGAGUAACCCUAGUUGAGGACUACCUGAAACCUCUUGCAUUAGUCUUCUGGUGCUGCCUGCAUGCUGGAUUUGAAACCACCACUUCUUAGUGCUUCUGUAUCUCUACUCUGGGGCAGUGCUGGGAGAUUGGAAAUUACCUGAUCAUUUUUUUCCCCUCCACUUUUUUGCUCUUGCUCUUUCUCUCUUCACUCUGUAAUGGUGAAUAUAGCAAGAUGGGAGCAGUUCAGUAUAAAUCCCACCUUCCCUGCCACCUCAGAGUCCACUGUAGCAGAGGGCAGGACAUUGCUGCCCAGGGGCAAAAAGUAUUGGUGCAGUCCAGCCACUCCCAUGAGAAACCCUGGGCAUACAGCCGAAUAACCUUAAUUCACAGUUAAGUAGCAAUGCUGUCUUUCUCUCCUCUGCCCAUGCUGCUUGCCCUGGUCUGUUUCCUCCAGCCCCAAGAGUAGUAGCCUGACUGCUAGACCCAAAGAUGGGACCGUGUUGUAGCUUAAGGGUGAAGUUGUAUCUUUUACUGUAUCCCAAACCUCUGUAAGAAAGUGACUUUAAAGCUAUUAGGCCUGGAUCAAUCAAUCAAUCCUUAAUGUUUCCAGAGCAAAACAUGAACCAUAUAGCAUCCAGGGCAUAAGAUUUUGUCCAGUACUAGCUUGGCGUCCUUUUAAUAAGGUCCUAUAAAAACCCCAAUGGUGACGUUUUUAUUAUGUGUUUAAAUUCCACUUCUUCAGGCUCUCCUCCUUAUAUGUUCCCUAGUCCAUGCAGCUCUCAAACCUGGGGGAGGAAGUAUCAGAGGCGUAGCCAUGUUAGUCUGGAUCUGUAAAAAGCGACAGAGUCCUGUGGCACCUUAUAGACUAACAGAUGUAUUGGAGCAUGCGUCUGACAAAGUGGGUAUUCACCCAUGAAAGCUUAUGCUCCAAUACGUCUGUUAGUCAAUAAGGUGCCACAGGACUCUGUCGCUUUUUGGGGGGAGGAAGUGCCUCCAUACGUGAGCCAGACCAUACCUGCAUUGUAUAUGUCAGGUGUGACCAAAUUGCGGCUUGUGAGCCACGUGUGGCUCUUUAACAGUUAAAGUGCGGCUUGUGGAGCCCUCCAUGCCCCCACCCCCAUUCUCCACCUACUAGCUACCUGCCCUGUGGAGAGGAGGGUCUCAGGGCUUUAGCCCUGCAUGAGGGCGUCGGGACACAAGAUGUGUGCCCCAGCAGGCGACGCUUUGUGGGGCAGGUUGUGCAUGUCUUGCGGCUCUCGAACUUCUGAAGAUUAUCUUAUGUGGCUCGGAGGGUCAAUAAGUUUUGCCAGCCCUGGUAUAUGUGGUCAACCAGGGCUACGGAGAGAGGGCCUUAACUGACUUCCUGUUAGCAAGACCAUUUUUAAAUAUGAAUGCUGGGUUCAAAACACAACUCUUCCUAACACUUCUAUGGUGCUGGUGUAGACAGGGCUUCUUGUUCCACACCCUUCAACAACUUAAUUCUACAACUGUCUUAAAAUGAAUGAGGCAGUGAGCAGAGACCAAGGGGUUCCUUCCUGGGGUACUCUGGCAUGGUACAAAUGUACCAGGCUGACAGCUGAAAAGAGGGCUCAGGUCUCUAUCAGCGUCUGUGCAAUAGUUUAGGCUUCUGAGACUCCAGUUUACAAAGUAGCAGCCGUGUUAGUCUGUAUCUGCAAAAAGAACAGGCGUAUAAACAGAUGUAUAAAGUGGAACCUAUGCAUCUGAAGAAGUGAGCUGUAGCCUACGAAAGCUUAUGCUGAAAUAUAUUUGUUAGUCUCUAAGGUGCCACAAGUACUCCUGUUCUUUUUGAGACUCCAGUGUUGCUCUGAAACCACUCUGCAGUGGCUUACUGAAUUUCAUGGUAUGCCACAGCUGGGGGAUCUGUAAUGCUUUGUAUUUAGGUGUGAUUAUCCUGCCCCUUGUGACACUCAGUUCGGAUGUACUGCACAUCUCUAUAGUGUACUCUAUACCUUGCCAUUUAGAGUAGAUGACUCCAGAGCUUUGUCUUGGAUGUAGUUUGUGUUUAGCAGGAGAAGGAGAGGUAGGUUAUUUGCACAGUAGUAGAAAAAGGAGUUAUUAGCUGUGUUGCUGUUACCAGAGCUGUUUUAUGUGAAGAAUGUUGCCAUGGUAUUGCAGCUAAAACCCUGAACCAGACUCUGACCCCAUAAGUCACCUGAAAGGCUGGUUCACAUGUGGUACAUAUAAACUGGAACAUGAGUGUCCCUAAAAUAGUCACUUACUAUUUGCCAAGGAAUCACAGGGUAGAAAAGAAUCCUACAUUGCUGAGGGCCAGAAGUCUGGACUAGAUAGGAAGAAGUAGGCCUGAUCCAACUGCAGAGGCUCUUGCUACUGACUUGGGCAGGUUGUUUUAGGCACUUAUUCCUUGUGAUUGAAGUAUCCAGGGGACAGCUGUAAACCGGGCAUGCUCUUCCCCCCCUGUGUCUUACUUGUGAGUCUGCUUUGGUGAAACAGCACCAUGUGCUCUAAUAGUCUUGCACUGUUGCCCUGUAUCUAAUGUAUAGAAUCUGCAUAGGAGGGAGCCUGUGAUCCAACUCAGGUCAGUUGUUGUUCUUGCUUGGCUCCUGCUCUGCCAAAACAAGGUGGAGUCUGUAUGCAGCCAAGCUGUGCUCCUCGGGGAGUUUAAAAUGCUUGCUGGUCUUCUUAACAGAUGUUUAUUCAUAUCACAACCACUCUCCCUAAGGGUGGUGCCUAGGCACUCGCUGUCUGCUCAGGAGCAAACCAGCUUAGGCCAAGAAAGCACCUGAAUCUCCUAUACCUCUGCAGAGCAGAGUUUUCCCUCCAGCCUCCAGGGCAGGGCUGAGAUGGUGCUAGUGGGACUUGCAUAGUCCCUUCCAUACACAUCAGUAUUUAUCCUGUUUCUGUUACUCUGUGGUGCAACAGAACCAUUCACAUUACAUCACUGAUACAGCUCAGAACUAACCAAGCAAUGAGGGGUUUCUUUCUUUAUGGACUGUGUCAAGUGUCGUCCCCCCCCUUUUUUUUUUGGUAAUUAACCAGUUGUGGGUCUGUUUUUCUAUAGUCAACACAGAACCUGUAUCUAGAUUUAGUUCUAACUGCACCUGUGUAUCAUAUCAGUAUUUCCUCCUCCUUUCACAUUAGAAAAUAAAAUUGUCUGCACAGCU